UACCGUUGUAUAAAAUAGGGGACCAUGAGAAGACGCCUUCAGUGGAACCGACCGAGCGUUCGAAGUGGAUUCAUUAUGAGAUACUGCUUGUACUUUUUGCUGGUCGCUGUCUGCGGGGCGAAAAGAUUAACAAGGGGAGUGGAUGAUGUGCAUUUUCCGAAUUUUCGAGCGGUUUACCACGGCCAUGGUGCGAGCAGUUAUCAAAACGUGCAGAUUGACAAUCACGACAGUAUACUAGUGCCCACAAACUACGUGGACCAAGCGGAGGUUCAAGAUCUGAUGCACGCAUACCACCAGGCAGUGAUCGUCCCGAUUGAAGAGCCUCAAAAUGAUAUAGAUCACAUCGAUGUAGCCGAUUCAGCGCCUUAUGAGGAAUUUAUCGUUGGCGAGCUCAAAUCCGACGCACUCGAGCACUAUUUCGAUCACCAUGACGAUGAACACAAUUAUAAAUAUCAUUUAUGAAAAUAAUUUAAAAGAUAUUACGCUCGGCGGAGCAUUAUUACUCCUUUCCAUUAUUUCUAUUGGUUAAUGUGUAAUGAUUAAAAUUGACGCACAAUAAAAAUCUCAGGAAUUGUACAAAUCUACUCUGGGUAUGUUGCUAGGUAAUCCUUUUAAUAAGACAGGGAGAGACAGGGAGUGACAGGGAGAGACAGGGAGA